AUCGGACGGUAGUUUUGCUCGAGUUCCUCUCAACACAGCAUGUAGCCCCAUAACAACCGUCUUAACUGCAGAUGACUGCGGCGGUUUUUUAAGGCGUCUCGGAAUCUGGCUAAUUUACAAGGAGCAAGCAAUCACCACGGAACCAUUACUAGCAGCUCAAAAUGACGUCCUCGCUUCCAAAUGCAACACAUCGGGGACAGGAUCUGGCGGGUAAAGUCGCAGUCGUCACCGGAGCAUCAAGGGGAAUUGGACGGGCUAUCGCCUUCCAUCUCGCACGCCGAGGCGCGAAUAUCCUGGGAACCUGCGCGAGCGACGCCUCCCUGGGCCUCAUCACCAGCCUGCAAGAAGAAGUGAUUGCUCACUACAAGGAGAACAGCCCGGGGUCUCCUACGCCCCAGAUCUUUGGUGUAGUUGCUCCACUGACGGAGCCGAAGAUAUGCUGCGAUAACAUCGUCGCCGGACUCAAGGAACAUUUUGGUGGCGUGGUCAACAUCCUCGUGCAAAAUGCAGCAGUGGCAGAGCUCCGUCCGAUGGACGAGAUUGACCAAGGGCACAUUACACGCUCCCUGACCGGCAACUUCGAGACACCAAUCCUUCUUGUCCAAGCGCUGAUUCCCCUGUUUCGCCCCGACAGUCGCAUUGUGAAUAUCUCCUCGGAAGCCGCUCGGUUGUCCCGUCCGGGGGGACUGGUGUACUCUGCGUGUAAGGCAGCCCUGGAGUCCAUGACGAGGGUCUGGGCAGACGGACUGGGCACCAGACCUGGAAUGGAGAGGACGACAGUCAAUGCGCUAAGCGUUGGCCUGACCAUGACUGAUCUGAUGGCAAACCGUCCUCCCAGUAAGAGGAUGGAUGACUUUGUCGACAAAGAAACCGACAAAGUCAGUGUCGGAAAGAGGAUGGGUACUGUCGACGAUAUCGCAGAGGUUGCUGGAUGGUUAUGCUCUGAAGGAAGUCGCUGGGUAACUGGAAGUGUCACUUGUGCUAAUGGAGGCGUUACCAAGAUACUGUAGGCUAGGGCAGUUCCGAUGGGCACUUUGUAUUUUUCUUUCAAAUGGUC